AUGAUUAAGAGGUCAACAUCUUGUCCUGCUGACUGGACUGGUUCCAACAAUCGCUGUUUCCUCUUUGUUUCAACUGUCAAGACCUGGGCUGAUGCUGAGAAACAUUGUCAGUCACAUGGUGGAAACCUUGCAUCAGUGCACAGCUUUGAUGAGCAUCAUGUGAUUCAAAGUAUGAUACAGAAAGUAACUCAAUCGUAUCCACUGACAUGGCUUGGAGGCUCUGAUGCACAACAGGAGGGCACUUGGUUCUGGAGUGACGGUUCCCCUUUCAGCUUUACAUACUGGUCUCCAGGACAGCCUGACGGUGGCAAGAGAGCAAACUGUCUGGUGAUGAACUUUGGAGGUGGAAAGAAAUUUGACGACCAGCCUUGCCAUCACAAAAGGCAAUUUGUCUGUGCCAAAAAAUGCAUGAUAUCUCAAGAUGGCACAGAUACAUGCAAUGUCAUGACCACAGGAGUUGUGUAG